GCAUGAGGUCAUUUAUAUCUUUAACUGAUCAGUCGGACACGAAGAUAUAUGGCACGAAUGAGUGCAUCUGUCUGAAACCUAAAUGAAAAUGUCUGGCGGAUGAGAAUAGAUUAUGAUAUAUCAUAUAGUUGUGGGUUUAUAUCGAAUUACCAAGGACGGGAUAUUAGUUCCUGAUCUAGCUGCCUCGAAUUGCCUUCUGGACUAAAUGAACUGUUAUCUUUUUCCUCGUGCUUUUUUUUCGAUUGAUAAAGUACAUAUACUGUUACUCAUGUUGCUAAGAAAUGUCAUUUGAGGUCGUAACGUCACACUAAAAUAACCUGAGACGAUAGAAACAAUCCUGUUAUCUAUGUGUAGGUUUUAGAAUUUAGAAUUUUAUUAAAUUAUCUUAUAUAUUCAGUGUCUGUAAAUACGCACUUCUCAUGCAAAUGUUUGCUGUGUGAUUUGGUUUUGAGUGUGGUUAGGUUAAACACAGCAGUGAUAAGAAAGGCGUAUUCCUCUGACACUGGGACAGAAGUAAUAUUUGUUUCGCGCAAUGAACCAAAUAAAAAAACAAUAACAAAGAAAAGGAAGUCAAAGACUAGUUUGUGGAAGGGAAGCUACUCUUAUCAUGCCAUUACAGGAAACAUGGCACCACAGCCGAUGAGGGAGGGUACAGCGUCGAAACGAGUACUUCUUUGGUCCAAAAGAGGGACGCUAAGUUUAUGUACCCUAGGAAUAGUCGUGAGUGUUUACGCCUUAUACGUCGAAAUAAUUGCAGAACGUGUAGAAGGUUACACAGCACUUUGUGACAUCGGUCACCGAAUGAGUUGUUCGCGGGUUCUGACAUCCAGAUGGGGUAGAGGAUUCGGAUUAGUAGAUAAAGUACUCUCAAAGGACAGCAUUCUGAAUCAGCCUAACAGCAUUUAUGGUCUCGCAUUUUAUUUUUUUCAAGCAACCCUUGCAUUCAACUCAACAUUUUCUGGCUCUGUGGUGCAGCUAGUGGCAGCAUUUUUAGCAAAUUUGGGCUCCAUCUACCUUGGAUACAUCUUAUUCGCCAUCAUACAAGAUAUUUGCAUUAUAUGUAUAGCCACAUACAUUCUGAACUUUUUUCUUCUAAUUUGCAGCAUAGUUAAAGUUAAAAGUGCUUAUUCAGCACAUGCAAAGAAAUUGAGAUAAUAAUGGUUUAUUUAAGUUCAUGAUCAAAUGUGAGCAUCUCUCAUACCUCUAUCUAUAAAUAUUGUCCCUUUGUCUUCAGCUCAUAAGUGUUUAAUUGACUAAAUUUUGAGUUCUUGGUGAAAAUGUCUUAUGGAAUUAGGCUAAUAAAAAUGUAUGCUUCUGAUCUUUUUAUCAAUUUAUGUGCUUUUCAUAAAUGAAAAUGAAUCCUUUGGUUGUGAAGCUAAAGCUGCAAACCAAGCAAAACUACUACAGUAGUCCUUUAAUUUUGCAGUCAAAUUGUUCAUGAACCCACAUCCCUCUAUACAGGUUCAAAACCUGUACAUUUGAGACCCAUGUAUAUAAAAGUGCCUUUGCACUAACCCCAGAAAAUAGUAUAUGAUGAUGAACUAAAGAUGCUUUAUUCUCUCAGACAGACAUUGAGAAUGCAGUUUAAACUGAAGACAUUUUAGAAAAAAUUAGGAAGCAACAACAGUAUGUUGACAUCUGAAAUAGGUGAAAGGAAGACCGCCACAAAUUUGCAAAGUACAGAGAAAGCUGCAGGGACAGGUAUAUUCUUCUGCUUUCGUAUUCAAGGUUAUGAAUGCCAGCUCAUAUAACUUGUAACAUAUAUCUAUUUACAUUUAUACCUCUUACUGUACAUGUUUAAAAUUAGAAUAUGUGUAUUUCCUUACGAGUCAGUCAUGAGCUAUGAUCCGCCCUUUUAACUCAUCAAGCAGUAAAAUUAUAUUUUUGUGUACAGAACAUCCGAGUCAUUUCUAUUUCUUGUUGCAAGCUGUCACUCAGAACUGUCAUUUUAAUUCCUGCAGCAGGAUUUGGUAUAUAGUUUGCAUGAAGCAAGCAUACAGCUACUUGGAGAUGUUUCCAUCCUGUUUGCACAUACCUGAUAAGUAUUUUUUUUUUUUAUAUCUUCCAUAUAUUAAAUAAAAAGUAAGAGUAAUGUUUCUUCAACAUUUUUAUUUUGAUCUCUUCAGCUGUAAAGCUCUGGGGAAUUCCUGAAGAUCUGUUUGCAGUCCAUAAGACAAUAAAACUGCAAAAAUAUUGUGGUGGUUGGUAAC